UAUGGUGUCGUGCUAGAUGAAAUCAGAGCCAAUGCUUGCCCUGAACUCCAGGCAGUGAAAAUGUUUGCAGAAUAUCUUUCGAAUGAGAGUCAGAGGGAUGCGAUCGUUGCUGAUUUGGACAAGAAGAUGGCAAAAAGUGUUGACGUGACCAAUACGACUUUCUUGCUCAUGGCUGCUUCCAUCUAUUUUCAUGACAAAAACCCUGAUGCAGCUCUGCGCACGCUGCACCAAGGGGAAAGCUUAGAGUGCAUGGCCAUGAUGAUCCAGAUACUUCUGAAGCUCGACAGAUUGGAUCUAGCCCGCAAGGAGCUAAAGAAGAUGCAGGAACAAGAUGAGGAUGCCACCCUCACUCAGCUGGCUACUGCCUGGGUGAAUCUAGCAAUAGGUGGUGAGAAAUUACAGGAUGCUUAUUACAUCUUCCAAGAGAUGGCAGACAAAAGUUCACCCACCCUGCUUCUGCUCAAUGGGCAAGCCGCAUGCUACAUGGCACAGGGCAAAUGGGAGGAUGCAGAGGGUGUGCUUCAAGAGGCAUUGGACAAGGAUAGCAGCCACCCUGAGACUUUAAUCAACUUCGUUGUCCUGUCACAGCACCUGGGCAAACCUCCAGAGGUUACAAAUCGCUACCUGUCACAAUUAAAAGAUGCACAUAAAAACCACCCGUUUAUAAAGGAGUAUCAGGCAAAGGAGAAUGACUUUGACCGGUUGGUCAUGCAGUAUGCCCCCAGCGCAUGAGGACUCGGGGAGGGGGACCCAGGCUGCAGAUCCAGGCUGCGGUACCUUGGGAACUUGAGGGUGAUGCACAAAGCCUCUUUGGCAGUGCGAAGAGUUCAUCAUGCAAGUUGGUCUCGCAUCUCUCAGCGUGGCAUGGUCUUGCGCAGCCAGCGAGCCGAUGCCAAGCUUGUAUGUAUCGUAUAGCCGCUUGGAGAUGUGUGGCCUUUAAGCCUAUGUUGUGACUUAACUAGUACCUGAACUGCUUGUUUAAAAUACAGUGCAGAAGAGUUUGCAACACUGUACCUUAAACAUUCCUAAUAAAACCUUUUCUGGACCUGCGUAGCUCUUA